AGUUGUCAAGUGGUCAUGGUUAUUCUGUCUCGCACGUUUAUCUAAAUGGAAAAAUAAUAAUAAUAUACAUAGCAGGCGAUGCUUCUCUGUUUCUCUAUCGGUUUUCUGUCUCACAAACAAGCUCGGCUGGCUUUAUGGCGGUGCUCAUUCCAGUAUGUUAGAGUCCACCGUAUACAUCGCUGGAUUUAUAGCCGCUGCGUCGCGCAUGCGUGGAGAAAAGCGUCCAGUCUAUCAUACGCAAGAAAGACCGUUGUCUCGAGCGUCGUCGAAGUAGUGUACGCUUGGAAUAAUUCGAAUUAUUUAUACAUAUAAGAUGGUAGAAUCGGAUCGCAGUGAAGCUGAUGAGGGAAGUAUGGAUACAUUAGAACUGUCAUCAGAUUCCAUCGAUUCCGCCAUAAAGAAGAAGAGGCCAAGAAUGGAAGAAAACGUAGAUAAAUCAGAACUGUCAUUAGAUUCCAUGGAUUUCCCCAUAAAAAAGAAGUCAAAAAUGGAGGAUUGUGUGGAUGAAGCAAAAGAUUUAUCCAGUAAAAGAUCUGAGAUAUUAAAGGAAAAUAACGAUGAAGCUAUUUCAGAUAAGAAUAGUACAGAUGAGUACAAUACAAAAAAGGAAAAGCACAUAAUACAUUCAGAAAAUGGUCAAAAUGAAACAUCUCUGUGCAAAUCAAAUGAAAUGAAAGAAGGAAAGAAACUUAAGAAGUUAGUAAAACAGGAAAAUAAAAAUAAAAGUUCUUUGAAUAUGGAUGAAGAUUCUGCUGAAAUAAAGAUUAAUGAUAAAGAUGUAGAAGAUGAGGCGAAACCAUUCAAAGAACUUGUUGAAGACACAACUGUAAUUUCUAUUGCUGAAAAAAAAAAAAAAAAAGAAUGCAAGAAAGAAGAGGAAGAAGAUGAUGCAGCUGAAGAGAAAGAAGAGGAAGAAAAUGAUGCAGCUGAAGAGAAAGAAGAGGAAGAAGAUGAUGCAGCUGUAAUUGAAGAACAAGAAGAUAAGAAAAAUGGAAUAAAAAAGGAACAUAUUAUCAAGAGUGACACCACGGAUACGGAAGUAGUGGACGGAUUGGAGCUUUCAGUGGAAUGCGCGAGUGAAAAAGAAGAACCGAGUUCUGAGAACGAAGAUGAGAAAGAUGCAAAACCACGACCAAAGACAAUAAUCGUUAAAGCUGAACCAAACAAGUCAGAAUUGGAAUGUAGUUCAUCAGAAGAAGAAAACGAUUCGCAAGAAGCCACUGACAUACCGGAGAAUAAAUCAGAAAGAAAGAAGAGAAGAGGUGCGCGAACAAGUUUCAAUAAAAUAAAGGGUUCCGGAUCUGAGGACAGCCGGAAUAACAAUUCCGAUGAAGAUUACAGUCCACGGAUGAAAAGAAAAAUGAAGAAAUCUCCGGCGGUGGGGAGAUCGACGAAACGCUUAGUGGAAUCGAGAAGAGGACGAAAUGGAAAUGGAAAAAAGAAUUCUUACAAAAAAGGCACUCAAUAUACGUCUGAUGAUAAAAAUGCGGACACGACUUUAGCGGAGAAAGCUGACAAAUUGGCGAAAAAUGAGAUGGAAGAGAAAUUGUCGGAGAAGGAAUUGUCGGAGAAGGAAUCUUCGGCGGAUAAGAGUGAAAGUGAUAAUAAUUCCGAAGAUGAAGAGAGACCCACAAAGGGUAAAAGAACAAGUCGCAGUAAUGUUAAGCAAAAGGACAACAAGCAAAUACAAAGAUUAAAGAGAUACUUAAGCAUAGCUGGUGUGAGAAUCAAGUAUAAUGCUUUGACCGAUUGUAAAAAUAACGCGUCACGAAUUAGGCACCUGAAAGAAUUGUUGGAGAAAAAUGGUGUUAAUGGAAGGCCAACGUUGGAAAAAUGUAAGCGAGCUAGAGAAGAGAAUGAAAGAAUGCGGGAAGCAUCCGAAUUAGAUGUGUCCAAUAUUAUAUCCGAAGGACGUGUUACGCGCGCACGAAGGAAUAUGGAUAACGGAAGAAAAGCAAUAUCUUCAGAUACACCGCCGCGACACCGAGAGGCUCGCAAUUCGUUCAAGCGAAUUCAAACUGUUAUUGAUAGCGAUUCAGAGUAAAGUACAGAAUAUUUGUAACAAAUCCGCGAUUAUUGAAAAAUACAAAGUCUUCUUAAGUUCUAAGUAAGCGCCUCAAGGCUUCCUAAUAUUGCAUUUGUGUGUGUUAUGUUUGUAUUAUUUAAGUUUUCAUAUAUCGUGAACACAAUUAUUUUCUUCGAUAAUGUCUCCAUGAAUUAAAGUAAUAUGAUAUUUACGAUAUUAAUUAGAAAGAUGAGAGACUUAUCAAUUCGCUUAUUUUUAAUUAUAAUCAAGAUAAAUCGCUAUGUAAAAGAUUGAUAUAGAAGUUUUGAAAGCUUCAAAAACAGUUGCGUCUGGCAUGAACAAUGAUACAUUUCAGCGUGUAUAAAAAUAUAAAGAGAAAACUAAAGUUGGAACAAAGAUAGAUGAAAUUGUAAAGAAAAGGUUUGCUUAAAAGAUGUUAAUUUUUAUAGUAUCAAGAAUUUAAUUGUAAUAUAUAAAUAUACAUUGCGUAUAUAUAUGCAUUGUGUAUAUGAAUAAUUGUAAUUAAUUAUGUAAUUUGCUUUUCAUUAAGCCUAUACACAACAACUUCAGGAAAUGUUAGGAACACGAUAAUUAAGAAUGACCUUAAAAAUAUCGAUCACAAAAUCUAUCUUCUAUUUUCAUACUUGUAAAUUGUGCAAAAGUUUAUUCAAAUCGACUCUUAACGUUAGAAUAACCGUGCAUCAGCAGAAAAGUUACAAAAUUCGUUUCAAUUGCACGAGAUUAUACAAGCGUAACUGUUUUAUAUAAAAAUUCUAUAUUUGUUUUAAUAAUAUUGAUACAUUUAUUAUUGUUCAAAUAUUUAUCGAUUUAUUUCAAUUUUAAUACAUUUAUUGUUCAAACAUUUUGUGUUUCGUAUAAUAUGUACGUAGAAAAUAUAUCUUAAGUAUAAAGUGUAAUAUUUUUAAAAUAUGUAUACACACGUAUAUUAUGUUCAUUAUAAUUUGUGAAUUAUAUCUUCUUUUCAU